CACUGGGGAAACACACUGAGAGUGCGGCAUCAGCACCUUUUGCAGCCUUCUAAACGGGACUUAGCUGGAAACCUUUGUCUUCACGUUGCUGGGUGCAUCAUUUCUAUCUGAUAAUUCCAACUGAAGGAUUAAUAGUUUACUGACAGCAGCUACUGGCCUUCACAACACUGUCCAAGGGUAUGCCUGUGGACUGAAGAAGGACAACAUUAGGAUUACAAAGGCAUUUGUAAUAGAGGUGACGACCCUAUUUAACAAAAUAACAUUUGGUAAAAUGCUCUGCAUUUUGUUGAACAUGUAGAACAAGAUAUUAGUAUUAUAUUUUGUUGGAAAUCUAUUUUAAUCUUGGGGAUUUGUCUGGACUCUGCUGUCUCAAAAAUCCAAUCGUUUGUGAUGAUGUUGCUGUGCAUACUGAAGACUGUCAGCUAGUGGAGAGGAGCACUGUCAGAGCCCUACACAAAUAUAACCAGUGCCCGCAGACCUGACUCCAGAAGAGGAGAUAGAGCUAGAAAGCAUUCGACAGCGCAAACAGGACCUCCUGGCUGACAUACAGCGGUUGAAGGAUGAGAUAGCAGAGGUUACGAAUGAGAUUGAAAACCUGGGUUCCACAGAAGAACGAAAAAAUAUGCAACGGAAUAAACAAGUGGCUAUGGGCCGAAAAAAAUUCAAUAUGGACCCUAAGAAGGGGAUUCAGUUCCUAAUUGAGAAUGAACUUUUAAAGAACACAAGAGAAGAUAUCGCCCAGUUUCUGUACAAAGGAGAGGGACUAAACAAGACUGCAAUUGGGGAUUACCUAGGAGAGAGGGAUGAAUUCAACAUCAGGGUUCUUCAUGCCUUUGUGGAGCUUCAUGAAUUCACAGACUUAAAUCUGGUGCAGGCAUUGCGACAGUUCUUGUGGAGCUUCCGGUUACCUGGAGAGGCACAGAAAAUUGACCGAAUGAUGGAAGCUUUUGCACAGCGAUACUGUCAGUGCAACCCUGGAGUCUUUCAAUCCACUGAUACAUGCUACGUGUUAUCUUUUGCUAUUAUUAUGUUGAAUACCAGUCUACACAAUCCAAACGUUAAGGAUAAACCCAGUGUGGAGAGGUUCAUUCUUAUGAAUAGAGGAAUAAAUGAUGGUGGUGACUUACCUGAAGAACUCCUACGAAAUCUGUAUGAAAGUAUUAAGAAUGAACCCUUCAAAAUUCCAGAAGAUGAUGGCAAUGACCUGACCCAUACAUUUUUCAACCCGGAUAGAGAGGGCUGGCUCCUCAAGUUAGGAGGUGGAAGAGUGAAAACAUGGAAGCGACGUUGGUUUAUUCUGACUGACAACUGCUUGUACUACUUUGAAUACACCACGGACAAAGAACCUAGAGGAAUUAUUCCACUUGAAAACCUCAGCAUCCGUGAAGUAGAGGACUCCAAAAAGCCAAAUUGCUUUGAGCUCUAUAUUCCAGAUAACAAAGACCAGUUUAUCAAAGCCUGCAAGACUGAGGCUGAUGGGCGAGUGGUAGAAGGAAGUCACACAGUUUACAGGAUAUCUGCACCAACUCCAGAGGAAAAAGAUGAAUGGAUAAAGUGCAUCAAGGCUGCAAUCAGCAGAGACCCUUUUUAUGAAAUGCUGGCAGCAAGAAAGAAGAAAGUUUCCUCAACUAAGAAGCAUUAAAAUGAUGGCCUCUCGUGCAGCUUGAUCAAAUAUCUAACAUGGGUCAUGUGACCUAAGGAAGUCUGUUUUCAAGUGUCAAUAACCACAGUGCAUUCUGAGGCUGACUAUGUGCUUGUGCUGGAGAUAAGUGCUGAAAGUUAGAAGGUUCUUAUGACCUUCUGUUACUUGCUCCUCAACUAAUGAGGAAAUAGUUUUUACUCAGCAAUCUCUCAAUAUUUCCCUCUACACAGCUGGUCUGUUUGUGGAGUCCAGGGCUUCUACUUUACCUCCUCAAAGCUUUAUAUUUCUUAAGAAUCUCUUGAUUUAACAUUUUUUUGUUGCAAGGGGCCUAUGAUUCUAUCAGCCAUAUACAAAGGACUGUCAUCACUGAAGAUCCAUGUCAACUCUUGUGAAAUAGGUAGAAAGCCAUGAAAAAUGGCCAUCUCUGAAAGUUGGUGAGGUCAGAGUUUUAAUGCUUCAAGUGCCAAUGGACAGCUUGAUUGGAAUUAGGUACUGCGACUAUGAUUGAUGAUAUGUUUGGAAGAUGAGGGUAUCCAAUCGGUCCAGUUUUAUGGAGAGAGCUGUGUGGUGACAAGAGAACUGGAAAAUGAAGACACACCUGGAAAGAAGCCAGCCACAUUACUACUGAGAAUAUUGUGCAAAAAGAAUUGUCUGUCCAUCAGAUGAAACAUUUUGACUUAAUUUUUUAUUUGGAGCUUUUUGUUCAUAAAUGUUUUACUUUUCCAUGUUGUUUUCCAUUUUUCAAUGCACUGGUAGACAAAUGCAGAAAAAAAUGAGAUGACUAAGCAGUAUUAGUCUAUUUAUCAAAGCUGUAUAUACUUAAUGUAUAGAUUUCUUUUUGGAUUAUUUUGUAUUUGUUCAGUUGGUUUUAAGUUGUGAUGAUAAAUUGGUAUCAGUAAUUUUUCAUCCUUUACCAUUCAUACUUGUAAUCUAGCACUGACAAACCAGGUCAAAUAAAUCAAAUUCUGUGUAACCAA